AUGGACGAAGAAACACUAAAGGAAGCCCUCAAAAGCUUCCCAAACGCCGAAAAGUCGGCGGUACCGUCAGCUGCAGCAUCAGGGCUCAACAUCAAUGCACUUUUCGACAACCCGCUCUUUGCAGGCGGAAUAGGUCUUGCAUCUUUAGGUGCAGCCGCAGCCUUCGCACGCAAAGGCGCGGUAUCCGCACUCGGAGCAGCCCGCCGCCGGCUGCUAGUCAAUCUCGAAAUCAGCAAGCAGGAUCCAGCCUACCCAUGGAUUCUAGCUUGGUUGUCGCAGCCUCGCGAAACACCGGGCUUCAUCGCUUCUCGGCUUACACGAAUACACAAUGUCUCUAUCACCACGACCAAUGCAUCUCGGACUGCGGGGUCUAGCGGACCUCAGCACGCACAAUUCUUCGUCCAGCCCGGUUACGGACGACACAUAGUCAAGACCGGCAACGUCUACAUUGCCGUGAACCGAGAGAAGCACAAUACGGCGAAUAUGAAUACGGGCGAACCGCAUGAGAUUGUACAGUUGACGACUCUUUGGGCGCACCGACACGUAUUCGAGGAAGUGUUCAAGGAGGCGCGCGCAUUGGCGGCAAAGGCGAACGAGGGAAAGACUAUAGUAUACUCGGCCCGAGGAAUGGAUUGGUUGCCGCUUGGUGAUCCUCGCAAGAAGCGUCCAUUAGAUUCGGUAAUAUUGGACGAUGGUGUCAAGGAAAACAUCGUCAACGAUGUGCAAGACUUUUUGAACCGGCACCAAUGGUAUGUGGAUAGAGGUAUCCCUUAUCGAAGAGGGUAUCUGCUAUUUGGUCCCCCGGGCAGUGGAAAGACUUCGUUCAUCCAGGCACUCGCAGGGGAGCUGGACUUCAGUGUGGCCAUGAUCAAUCUGAGCGAGAUGGGCAUGACAGAUGACAAGCUAGCAUAUCUCCUUACGAAACUGCCCAAGAGGAGUUUGCUAUUGCUAGAGGAUGCCGACGCAGCAUUUGUCAACCGACGACAGCGGGAUACCGAUGGCUACAAUGGCGCGACAGUGACCUUUUCCGGUCUUCUUAAUGCCCUCGACGGCGUUGCCGCAGGUGAAGAACGCAUCGCAUUUCUGACAACCAACCAUGUCGACCGCCUUGACCCUGCGCUUAUUCGACCCGGCCGAGUAGACUUGAUGCUUCGCAUUGGAGAAGCAACGCGCUACCAGGCUGAAAAGAUGUGGGAUCGAUUUUACGGCGAUAUUGACAAGGAUCACUCCGGCCGAGAACGGUUCCUCAGCCGAUUGGAAGAGUUGGGUCUAUUUGGAGUUGGACCUAAUGGAGAGCCAUCGAAUCGAAACACAAGCACUGCCGCAAUCCAGGGUUUGUUCUUGUUUAAUAAGAACGACACACAGGGCGCUAUCGACAUGGCCGAGGGCCUCAUCCCGAGGAAGUUCGAGGCUUCGGAUGAGAUCCCAGAAGGAGCGAUCAAGACACCUGCUUGA